CACACACAUACACACUCGCACAUUACAUAUAGAUAGACAGACAGACAGACAGGUAUAUAUAUAUAUCGAUAGAGAACGAGAGAGAGAGAUACGGAGAUCAGAACCGUUUUAACGGAAGAGUAUUGGUGCACCGCACGCAUCUCACAUACAUUCACACACAACACACAUAUACUUACAUACACAAACACACAUACGCACACACACCGCACUCACACAAACAUAUAUUUCAACGUAGAUCUAAAUAAAAUUGCAAGAGAAAUAGGGUAGUGUGCUUCCAACACACACACCACACACACCACACACACACACACACACACACACACACACACACCACACACGCAGGCUCAACAACAGACACACGUAGACUCACCCAGAAACACACGAACACGCACACAGGCACACGCAUAUGUAUGUGUGUGUAUAUCUGUAAGUGUCAGAUAUAAAUAGUUAUACAUUCAUAAAUACAUCGAUCAAACAAACACACUAUACAUAUCUUUUCUUAUAAACUAAAUACUAUCAACAAACUGCCGUGUUUAUAACUUUGCGUUCUUUGCUACCUUGUGGUUGAGAAAUACCAACUUCCCAAGAUAAAGAGCGAUUUUUCUCUAGAUUCUUCAUCAACAUGGAUAAUUCGACAGAAGAUGUGCAGUCAGACGAAUCAUCAACGGCACCUUGUUAUAAUGCAUACUGUUUGUCGGACGAAGAUUAUGUAAAUAUGGUCGAACAGCAUGUGCAACCGAACGCAGGUGAAUGGAUUCUAGUCGUAAUCUUCAUCAUCCUGUUUAUAGUAGGCUUGGUUGGUAACUUUCUCGUAUGUUAUGCAGUCAUCAAGAACAGCCAGAUGCGAACUGUCACCAACUUGUUCAUCAUGAAUCUAGCUAUCGCCGAUUUUAUGGUGAUAUUGAUCUGCCUACCUUCGUCCUUGCUUGUUGAUGUAUCAGAAACUUGGUUCUUUGGAGAGGUGAUGUGUAAAAUAUUCCUUUAUUUACAGACUGUGUCAGUUGCUGUUUCUGUAUUAACGCUAAGUGCAAUAUCUAUUGAGCGCUGGUAUGCCAUUUGCCAUCCACUUUCGUUCAAGAGCACAGCAUCGCGGGCCCGUAACAUCAUUCUUACGAUCUGGCUGUUGUCCGCGUGCGUGGCGUCACCUGAUCUGGUAACAGCACGAACAUAUCGAAGUCUUCCAAUAAGAUACAACCACGUGAAAUGGUUAGUGUCCUGUAGACCAAGCUGGUCACAAAGAUCGCAGUUUAUAUAUCAGAUGUUUUUAUUCAUUGCGCUGUAUUUACUACCAUUCUGUCUCAUGGCUUUCACUUAUACCCGAAUCACACUUGUAUUGUGGCGUGAAGAUAUUCCUGGUGUCAAUGAAACCGCUGGAGGCCACAGAUUAAUGACUGAAAAUCGAAACCCAAACACCAAUGCUCAGCUGCAGACGAGACGAAAGGCGGCCAAGAUGUUGAUCACAGUCGUCAUUGUUUUUGGAAUAUGCAAUUUGCCGGUACAUAUUCUCAAUAUUGUCAGAUAUGCGAAAGUUUCGAAUAAUUUGAAUGCCAUAUCAAUCUUUUCGCUAAUCUCUCGUUUUCUGUGUUACGUGAACAGUGCCAUAAAUCCGAUAAUAUAUAAUUUUAUGAGUGCAAAGUUCCGUAAAGAAUUCAAGUCUGUUUGCCUGUGCUGUGUUUCGCCAUUAGAACAUGAACAACAGACACAACGCCCAAAGUCAGGUGGAAGCUAUAAUAUUAGUUACAGCCGUACAAACUGCCAAACAGAGCAAUUUACCCUGAUAUCGGUGAAGGAAUGACAGACUGCAAGAACAAAAUAAACACGAUGGAAUAAUAGUCUUACAUAUGCAUUUAAAAACAUAUCAAACUUUCGAAUAAAAUUGCUUAUUUCUAAACUGAAGAAUUACUGAAGGACCUUGAAAGAAUUAUAUAUAUAUACAUAUUUUGUUUUACUCAACCAUCUAUAUCACGUUUCUUUUUAAGGCACUCCUAAUGAUAUGGAUAUUAAAUCAUAUGUAUGCAGGUAUGUGUAUAUAUAUAUAUAUAUAUAUAUAUAUAUAUAUAAUAUAUAUAUAUAUAUAUAUGUGU